UUAAAUCUUUUUUAAAGUUAAUUUGCUGUUUUGAACUGCAGUUUUUUCAAUUCCAACUUCAUCAACAUACUUGAAAUUCACUUUAAGAAGAAAGAAGCCAUUGAAGUCAACCACAAAACAAAAAAGGGACAUAGGAUUUUCAUGGUUUUGGAUUAUGAGAUUUGAUAAUGAAUUCUUUGAUGUUUUGAAGAGCUUAAUGGAGGUAAAAAGUAAAAAAAAAAUAAUAAUAAAAAAAUUGAUAUAAGAACUUGUAACAUUAUACAUAGUUUGAUGCGCACUGUUCAAAGAUUGAUCGAAAGACGAAGCCUGUGGUGUGGAGGUAAAUGUUGUUCCUGAAAGAGCUGAGGAAACUGAAUUUGCCUUCUUUCAUGUGAAAUCAUUUUUAUUUUGAUAUAAGCCAGCAAGGAAACAGAACCUACUUCCCAGGGAAGCAAAUUGUGUCUUGGCCCUGCAAUUCUGAAGGAUAAGGCUAAAGGUUUAGAAGAGUGUUGAAGGCUUGGGAUAUGAUUGGUGCAUUUGGACCGGGAAUGGUGGAAAAUAGUUGAUUGAUAACGAGGACAUUUAUUUGAUUUAAUUUUAAAUAGUAAAAUUCUAAAUGUAUAAGUGUUUAGAAUGUUAAGGUCGUUGAAGGCAUUAUUAUAGGAUGAAAUAUGUACCUACGGUUUACCAUCAUAACAGUAUCUAAUGCAGGAAAGAUAAGCAAUUUGAAGGUGAUGAGCGGCUUGAGAGACUAAGGAAAGUGAAUAAAUAAUGCAACAGUAAAGUAAAGUAAUGGGUAGUAGUUAUAGUAUCAAUGGCUGAUGGGAAAUCGAGAUGCGGGUUUUGUGACCCAAUGAGAAGUAUGGAUGAAAGAUUAAGUUGCCGGAUGGCAGAUGAGGCAUCAGCCUUUAACUGUGAGCUUCAGGCAAUUAAGGAAGCCCUAAUUUAUGCCCGCUCAAAUACUUCUGAUAAAUCAACAGUGAUAAUAACAACGGAUUCCAAAAGUUCCUUGGAGGCGAUCAAAGCAGACAAUGCGCAAAAAUUAAAGAAUUACAUAAUACUACAAAUAAGGAACAUAAUUGUCGAAAUAAGAAGAAAUAAAGAAAUAAAACUCGUUUUGUUUUGGAUUCCAGCUCACUGUGGAAUUCGUGGCAAUGAAAAAUCGGAUUCGUUAGUGAGAGAAGCAACCAGAGAACCAACAUUAAAUAUCAGAUUACCAUAUCAUGACUAUUAUCCAAUGGCCAAGGCGAGAGGCAUGAAUAGUUAGUAGAUUCAAUACAGUACCAUUUCGACAACACAAUGGUUUUCAAUUAUCACUCUUAAAAAAGCAACAUGCAGGAUAAUAGUGAGGCUUAGGUCCAACCAACGGUGUGGGUAAAUAUUACUUAAAAAAGAUAAAUCAGGUUCAGAUGAAAAGUGCACGUGUGGUAGCAUAAAAACAUUGAAACAUAUGAUCAUGAUGUGUCCACUCUAUGAAGAGAAACGUAGGAAGAUGCUGAGUUCUAUUAAAAAUGUAAUGGGAAAUAUGGUAGGAUACUCAAGCUCCUGUUCUAGCGAGGUGAUCUCUGCAGUAGAGGACUUCUUGAAUAAUAUAAACAAAAGAGUAUGAUUAUAUUAAAAUAAGGGUUGUAAUAAUAGUACAUUACUAUGCACAUGAUGUCGCAAGUGGCUCUGGCAGCCAGCUGAUGCCAAAAAUAAACUAAAAUUAAAAAAAUGCUACAGUAAGAGAAUAAAGGAAUUAUUAGAGGUUUAAUAAGAACUCUAGUUUUCUGAGGAGUGAAAAAGCUGAGAGGUCGAAGAGAAUGGAGGCUUGAGUAGACCUUUUCAUUAAUAGAACUCACAUGGCCAUGCCAUGUAAGCUUGGAGUUAAAAAUAAUGCUGAGAUUUUUAACUUUAUGGCAAAAUUAAUAGGUGAGCUGUUGAUAUGAGGAGGAGAUAGGCAAUCUGUAUUAAUGGGUUUAAUGGAAAUUCAUAAGAACUGGGAUUUGUUAAGGUCUAAAAGAAUGCCAUUAUUACUUGAUCAUUGGUUGAGAGAAUGAAGAUCACGGUUGAGCAGAUAGAUAGCUUCAGAGAUGUUUGUAGGACAUUGACUGUAAAGCUGAGUGUCAUCAGCAUAAAGAUGAAAUUGGAAUUAAGAAAUAAUGGAAGAUCAUUUCAAAACAUGGAAAAGAGUAAAGGUCCUAGAAUAGAGCCUUGGGGUACGUCAGCUUUAAUUGAGAGAGAAGAGUUGACAGAAUUUGAAGUUUUAAUUCUCUGAGUUCUAUGAUACAGGUAGGAGGAAAUGAGAUUAGUUGCAGUAUAAGAAAAACCAAAAAGAUGCGUCAGUUUACAAAUAAGCAAUGUAUGAUUUACGGAACCAAACGCAACAAUGGAACUAAAGUAGAACAGUAAUAGUGCACUUAUUAUCAUCGACACCUAAGCAAAUAUCAUCUGAGAUUUUGAGAAGGGCUGUGUCACAACUUUGAAAUUUUCGGAAGCCAGAUUGAAAAAGGGAUAUAAGGGCAAACAAUUAAUAAUAAUUAAUUAAUAGGGAAGCUGUUGAGUAAUUAAUAGGUAGGAUAUAGGCAUUUGUACUAAUGGGUUUAUUGGAAAUUAAUAAAGACUGGGAUUUGUUAGAGUCUAAAAGAAUGCCGUUAUUACUUGACCAUUGGUUGAGAGAAUGAAGAUCACGACUGACCAGAGAUGUGUGGUGCCACUAUCUCCGAAUAAUCAUUGAGCAGAGAGAUAGCUUCAUAGAUCUUGUUAGUAGGACGUUGAAUGUAAAGCCGAGUGCCAUCAGAAUAAUUAUUAAAUUGGGAGAAAUUAAGAACUAAUGGAAUAUCAUUUAGAAACAUAGAAAAGAGUAAAGGUCCAAGAAUAGAGCCUUGGGGUACGCCAGCUGAAAUUGAGAGAUAAGAGGAGAUAUAAUUUGAAGCUUUAACUCUGAGUUCUAUCAGACAGUUGGAAGGAAAGGAAAUUAGUGGCAGAAUAUCAUCUGAAAUUUUGUGAAGGGCUGUCCCCCAACUUUGAAAUUUUCGGAAGCCAGAUUGAAAAGGGGAUGCAAGAGCAAACAAUUGAAAAUAAUUAAUUACUAGGGGAGCUGUUGAGUAAUUAAUAGGGAGGACAUACGCAUCUGUACUAAUGGGUUUAUUGGAAAUUAAUAAGGACUGGGAUUUGUUAGUGUCUAAAAGAAUGCCGUUAUUACUUGACCAUUGGUUGAGAGAAUGAAGAUCACGACUGAGCAGAGAUGUGUGGUGCCACGAUCUCCGAAUAAUCAUUGAGCAGAGAGAUAGCUUUACAGAUCUUGUUAGUAGGACAUUGAAUGUAAACCUGAGUGCCAUCAGCAUAAUUAUUAAAUAGGGAGAAAUUAAGAACUAAUGGAAGAUCAUUUAGAAACAUAGAAAAGAGUAAAGGUCCAAGAAUGGAGCCUUGGGGUACGCCAGAAGAAAUUGAGAGAGAAGAGGAGAUAUAAUUUAAAGCUUUAACUCUGAGUUCUAUAAGACAGUUAGAUUGAAAUGAGAUUAGUGGCAGAAUAUCAUCUGAAAUUUUGUGAAGGGCUGUUUUCCAACUUUGAAAUUUUCGGAAGCCAGAUUGAAAAGGGGAUGUAAGGGCAAACAAUUAAUAAUUAAUUAAUAGGGGAGCCGUUAAUAUAAGUACGGCAUAGGCAUCUCUACUAAUGGGUUUAUUGGAAAUUAAACUGGAUUUUGCAGAUUUUGGACAAAAAACAAAAGGACUUUUUUUAGGAAGAAUAAAGUAGGUGGUGUUUAGGGGUAAAUAGAAAGUUGGCACAACUGUUUCUGACACUAUAUAGACAAUUUUUUUAAACAUGAAGUAGCAUUUCGUUAGUUAAUUUUAGCAUGAUUCUUGUUUAACAAUUUGAUUUCGCAUGUUAACUUUAUUGACGUUGUGAUGAAAGGAAAGUGUGAAGGGCCCGCUUUCAAAACAAAACAAAAGUCACAACUUCUGAAGCAGUUGUGAAAACAAGUGAAAAUCGAUAAUUUAUGAGAGUGUAAAAGUUAUAAAAGAUCAACAUUUGUUGUAGUGUUUAUUAUUUAGUCGAAAAAAAAAAUACUCCGAAAACUCAUCGAAAGCCGUGAUCCUUUAACCUUUCAUCCAGAGGGCGAAAAGGGAGACUCCGUGCCGGGCCCAGUGGUAUAUUGAUUUGCCGAGGCCGCACCGUCUGGAGAGAAGCGACUCUUUCGGAACGGACAGUAGAAGUUCAGCGGUCGGCGACUGGCGAGUUUCUCCAUCAACGCAGGCUGGGCACAGGAACGGGAACUGUCAUGGCGGCCAUGUCGUGAGAUGAAGGCACCAGUUCAGUGCGUUGGGCCUACAAUGGAAGAGAAUUCACCUUCGGCGAACCUCAACGGGCAGAUCGGGCAGCCGGGCGGCGGCGUGAAUUCGGGCGUCAAACAGAACGACGAGGUCAACCAGAGGAUCCAGUACUCGAUACCGGGCAUCCUGCAUUUCAUACAGCACGAAUGGGCUAGGUUUGAGAUGGAGAGGUCCCAGUGGGACGUCGAUCGGGCUGAAUUGCAGGCUAGAAUUGCGUUCCUGCAGGGUGAAAGAAAAGGGCAAGAAAAGCUGAAAGAUGAUUUAGUUAGAAGGAUAAAAAUGCUUGAAUAUGCCCUCAAGCAAGAAAGAGCAAAGUACCAUAAAUUGAAAUAUGGUACUGACUUAAUACAGGGUGAUAUGAAACCACCCACUUUUGAAGAUGCAGGGCCAGAAGUUAAUGUUGAUUCGGAGGCCCCAUUUUCCUCUGUUAGUAAUUUUACCUGGAAACAAGGUCGGCAACUUUUAAGGCAGUAUCUUCAAGAAAUAGGAUAUACUGACACGAUAAUAGAUGUACGUUCAAAUAGAACUAGAACUCUUUUGGGUCUUAACAAUAAUGAGGAGAGUAGUGGAGUGAAUGGAAAUGACAGUAGCGGUAGUGGUUCGAACAAGAGGGUGAGCAGUGAAGGCCAGGGCGGGCGAAGGACACCUGCCAAAAAACCACAGCCAAGACUUGGUGGCGGACCGUCUUCUUUCCCUGAGGCGAUGCUCCUUGAAACAGAAGCAGCAGUUAUGGCCAACUUUGAGUUUCUUGCUCAGGCGGCAGCAGCUGCAGCCAACGAUGAUGUUAGCGAUGAUAUGGAUGAUGACGAUGACCUACAAGAGGACAUGGAUGAAAUAAAUGAACAAACAAUAUGUGCAGUUUCUAAGAAAUCAAAACAAGGAGUUAUGAUCCAUACAGAUGAUGUUGAUGCUGAAGCUGAAGAAGUUCUGAACGAACUCAACUCAUUAACACAAAGUGAAGGGGCUACCAACAUAUCACAAACUGAUUCGCAAACAUACUUAAAUAGUAGUAGUAUUUAUUCUUCUGGGGGCAUGAACGAUGAUAUGAAACGAGGGGAGGGUGAAACAAUGGAUUCUUCCUUAGGCUUGGGUGAACUUGCUCAGUUGACUGUGAACAACGAAGCAGAAGCUGCUUAUGAUCUUCCUAGUACAAAAGAAUCCUUAAGAAAAAUGUGGACUGCAAAGUACACAUUAAGGUCGCAUUUUGAUGGUGUACGAACCCUUGCUUUUCAUCCCCAGGAGCCUGUUCUUAUAACUGCAUCUGAAGAUCAUACGCUCAAGCUUUGGAAUCUUCAUAAAACAGUACCUGCAAAAAAAUCUGCAUCUCUGGAUGUCGAGCCACUAUAUACGUUUCGUGGCCAUACCGGCCCUGUACUUUGUUUGUGCAUGUCACCCUCAGGGGAGCAAUGCUACAGCGCAGCUACUGAUGGUUCAAUUCACUGCUGGAACCUCCCUUCUGUUAAUAUUGACCCAUAUGAUUCAUACGAGAGUACUGUGCUUAGAAACAAACUGAUUGGCCAUACAGAUGCUGUUUGGAGGCUAGUUACGAACCCUCAUAAACAACAAUUGCUUUCCUGCUCUGCUGAUGGUACUCUAAAAGUGUGGUCACCUGAAUCAAAAACUCCUCUUGUACAGACAUACUCAUCAGAACAAGACGGUAUACCUACUUCCUGUGAUUUCGUGCGUGAUGAAACUGAUAAAAUGGUUGCGGCAUUUACUUCUGGCCAUUGUGUAGUGUUCGAUCUACCCACUGGAAAACCUGUGACAAGGCUAGAAUCUUUGCAAGAUUUAAUAGGAAACGAAGUUGGAAGGAGGCAGAUUUAUAGGAUAGUCUGUCACCCGCUGCUGCCAGUUACAGUUACGGCACAUGAGGACAGACACAUACGAUUCUUUGACAACAACACAGGAAAAAUGAUCCACUCUAUGGUCGCACAUUUAGAUGCUGUAACAUCUCUCGCUGUUGACCCCAACGGACUUUAUCUUCUUUCUGGAAGUCAUGACUGCAGCAUACGCCUGUGGAAUCUCGAUAGCAAAACUUGUGUGCAAGAAAUUACGGCCCAUAGGAAAAAAUUUGAUGAAGCAAUCUUGGAUGUAGCUUUCCACCCUACACGACCUUUCAUCGCUUCAGCUGGGGCCGAUGGAAUUGCUAAAGUAUUUGUAUAGUAAGUAAAUCCAGGUUAUUGUCACCAAGUUUUUCUUUGUCAAAAUACAAACCCAAAUUUAUAUUUUAAUGUAAAGACUAGAUUUAUGUUUAAUUGUUUUUUAAAGAUUUAUAAUUGAAUAGUAUUUCAAAUGUCUUAUUUUCCUCUGGGUGUUGUUUUUUGACGAAGAAAAUUAGUAACAAAGAUCAUAUUUCUUUUGCACACUAUGUGUGCCAGCUUGUUCGAUCGGUUUGUACCGAUAAGAGUCAGAGAGAGUAUGUGUAUUAUGUUGUAUAAGUGAUAUGGUUUUAUAUGUUGUCGCACCUUUCUUUUCAUUUCCAUUGUAGUUGAAAUAGCCAUCUGUUUAUGCUGUACGAAUUAUGGUUUUGCAGAGCUAUUAGAUCAUCGCUUUUUACUGCCAUCCACUAAUGAUUAAAUGAAUUUGUUUUUCAUAGUUAAUAUAGAAGAUCGUAUAAUAAUUUCUUUUAAUAUAGUAGGCUGUUGCAACAUGAAACUAACCGUAAUUUAUUAUAACUUAUUUUCUUCUAAUAAUGAGUGGGGAAUUAUUGAAUCUUUAGUAAUUUUAUAUAAAAAGUAACUUUUCUUUUUGUAUUCACUUGUUGUUAUUGCACAUUUAUAAAUUUCCAAUCUUCUGUCAUUCAAAAUAGAAAGGUACAAUGAUUUCUCCUCUAGUUUCACAAGUUCUCUUGAAGGUGUUAUAAAUGUGCUGAAAUGAUUCAAAAUUCUUGUGUUUCAUUAUUUAGUAUUUUAUUAUUUAAAGCAGUGGUAUAUUUGUUUUCAUCAUUAAAUAUACCACUAUCUAGGUGUAAUGUUAAUGUUUGCACUAUGUAAUAUUCUGAAUACAGCAUGUCCACUAUAAAUGAAUAGAUUAAAUAGGAUUUCUAGUCAAACCAGUUUUCCUUUUAGUUUGGUUACCUAUUUGUUGGAAUUCUAUCUUUGUCUAAUUAAAAAAGAUAUAUAAGAAUAUAAAAUAAAUACAAAUUUUACUGAGGGAAGAUGGAUUUUGAAACAUUUCAAUAACAUUUUUGUAUAUUGUAAUUUAAAAUGAGCCUUCAAAAUCAACCUCAUGUUUGUGAUUAAUAAUUUGUUUAUUUAUUUUUUUCUGUGAUUGUUUUUAUAUCGUGUAUUUUAGAGGAAACUAGAAAACAGACUGGGGAAUAAAAAUCAUAGUUAAAUAUCACUAUUUUAAUUAAUACAUUAUAAUAGUUGAUAAUGUUUUGAGAAUUUGGUUAUUCACAGAAAAAAGGUAUAAACAAUUUAUUCAAUGAAACUAUUAUAUUAGUGUGUGACUAAACAAUGCUCAUUACCACAAAUUAACAAUGGCAAAUCCUUUUUUUUUUGUGUUUCAUUUUAUAAUGAACAUAUUCUAGUUACAUGCCAGUUUUGAGUUUUGUCUUGUAGUUGUGCAAAAUUUAAAUAGUUCAUUCAUUCAUUCAUGAAAAAAUUACAUAAUAAUAAAUAAAAGGAAAUUAAUCGUUAAUUCCUUGAUAUAAAUUUAUAUACUAUAGCUCUGUGAUGACAAUUCAGUUAGUUGUAGCUUGAUAGUUUGAAUGUUUUAAGGAUGACAUAUUUUAUA